AUGACUGGAGCUGCUGUGUCUGUGUGCCUUCUUUUUCUCCUGUCUGUAUGUUCAGCGUGUUACAUCUCUAACUGUCCAAUCGGUGGGAAGCGGUCUAUCAUGGAUGCACCGCUGCGAAAGUGUAUGUCAUGUGGCCCUGGAGACAGGGGCCGCUGCUUUGGCCCCAGUCUCUGCUGCGGUGAGGGCCUCGGCUGCCUGCUGGGCUCCCCGGAAACAGCUCGCUGCGUGGAGGAGAACUACCUGCUCACCCCCUGCCAGGCAGGAGGGAGACCCUGUGGAUCUGAGGGAGGACGCUGCGCUGCUUCAGGAAUCUGCUGUGAUGCAGAAAGCUGCACCACAGACCAAUCCUGCCUCGUCGAUGAGGAAGGAGACGACCAGACCGGCCAAUUCGAUGGCAGCGAACCCGGUGACAUCAUCCUCAGGCUGCUGCAUCUGACUGGUCUCAAUUCUCCUCAUCGAGUUCACCAAUGAGCAGCU